AUCUGCUGGAUCAUCCAUUGAAAGAGAGAACUACAAAUUGGCUUCUCUGUGAUAGUGAGGGUUAAAACAUUAACUGCAUUGUGUUGUCGAAGGCUUUAAUGGCCGGAAUCACUGGCUUGUGAGUUUUCCAGUCUGUAUGUCCAUGUUGCAGAAAUAUGCUCUCGACGUUUUGUCCACAUCUAUGGCAGACAUCCUCAGAGGUGGUGAGGUCUGUUGAAAACGGGGCAAGUAGAGUUUAUAUAUCUUUGGAAUGUCCACAGAUAUUUCACAUGUCAGACUUGCACAGAGAAGCCAUUGAAAUCCACAAGCAAGUGGACGAUUUCAACAGAAAGGAGAACAUGAAAAUGAACAAAAUUUGGCUACCAGUAUUUUAAAAACUUUAUUUUUAAAAACUUAUUUUUUAAAAAAAAAAUUGGGGGCCUCUGGUGGCACAGUAUCUGCUUUGAACUGGGACAUCUGAGUCCACACAGCCAUAUAUUCCAGUUAAAAGCAGAUAAUAGUUGGGAUUUUAUUCCACUGUGUAGAAGGUACUAAGAGGUCCGGUGGCGAAGUGUGUUAAAGCACUGAGCUGCUGAACUUGCGGACCAAAAGGUCCCAGGUUCAAAUCCCAGGAGCGGAAUGAGUGCCCGCUGUUAGCCCCAGCUCCUGCCAACCUAGCAGUUCGAAAACAUGCCAAUGUGAGUAGAUCAAUAGGUACCGCUCCGGCGGGAAGGUAACGGCGCUCCAUGCAGUCAUGCCGGCCACAUGACUUUGGAGGUGUCUACGGACAACGUCGGCUCUUCGGCUUAGAAAUGGAGAUGAGCACCAACCCCCAGAGUCGGUCACGACUGGACUUAAAGUCAGGGGAAAACCUUUACCUUUUUACUAUUUAAAAAACACUAAAAUCAGGACAGUAAAUAAAGAACAAUACUUAGAAAACAGUGGAAUUCCAUACGGGAAACAAUUGGGGCCAACUAAUAACUCCCAACAAAGGAUUCCCCCAGGCAGGAAGCAGCCAGGCUUUGAUGCUGCAGGGCUAUUCAGUGCUAAUCAAGGCUUGUUUGGUUUUUUCCAUGUCCGGAGCGAAUUGAGAAACUGCAAGUUGCUUCUGGUGUGAGAGAAUUGGCUGUCCGCAAGGACGUUGCCCCGGGAAUGCCCGGAUGUGUGUGUGUGUGUAUAUAAUUUUUAUUAAACAAGAAAAGAAUAUUUUCAAUACAUAAAAAGUGGGGGAACAAUAUAAAAUAUAGAAAAGUAGGAAAGAGAAGAAACAAAAGAAAAAGAAAAUAGAAGAGGAUUUUCUAUGCACAUGAAAGUGGGGAAACAAUAAUUAUAUAGGAAAGUAUGAAAUAUUGUUAAGAAAAAGGAAAAAAAACACCAUACACACAAUCUGGAAAGGGGUAUUCGAUGACUUCCGCUCUUACUACUCCUGUAAAACAACAGCUUAUUUAAGUCAAUAUAUAAACUAAAUGUAACUUCUUUCCCCCUUACGUCUUUAAUAUAUCUUGAGAUAAUUGUCUAAAGAUGACCAAUCUCUCUUUUUCAAUCCGCUGCCGCUAUUUUUUUUUUUUUUAGUAAAAAUGUUAACUUAUCCAUGUUUUUUAUAUCCAUAAUUUUGAUAAUCCAGUCUUUCAAUGCAGGAGUGGUGUCCAACUUCCACCUUCUGGCAAAGACUAUUCUCGCUGCUGUUGUUAAAAAAGUAAAUAAUUUGUCCAAGUUUCGAUCUGCAAAUAAUCCCAAAUCAAACAUACCCAAUAAGUAGUACAGUAGAGUCUCACUUAUCCAACAUAAACGGGCUGGCAGAAUGUUGGAUAAGCGAAUAUGUUGGAUAAUAAGGAGGCAUUAAGGAAAAGUCUAUUAAACAUCAAAUUAGGUUAUGAUUUUACAAAUGAAGCACCAAAACAUCAUGUUAGAUAACAAAUUUGGCAGAAAAAGUAGUUCUAUACGCAGUAAUGCUAUGUAGUAAUUACUGUAUUUAUGAAUUUAGCACCAAAAUAUCACGAUAUAUUGAAAACGUUGACUCCAAAAAUGCGUUGGAUAAUCCAGAAUGUUGGAUAAGCGAGUGCUGGAUAAGUGAGACUCGACUGUAUUCCGGUUUCAUUGGGAAAGAUUUUUUGAGGAUUUUUUUGACAUUCAGCAUGGAUAAUUUUCCAAAAAUCUACUGUUCUUUUACAUGUCCGCCAUAAAUGGAAGAAUGUACCAUGCCGGGAUGUUUUGAUGUUUUUAUCAUCCUUGUGGGAGGCUUCUCUCAUGUCCCUGCAUGGAGCUGGAGCUAAUGGAGCUCAUCUCCCGCCCCCUCCCCGGGUUGGAUUCGAACGGGCAACCUUCAGAUCAGCAACCCAACCUUCAAGUCAUCAGUCCUGUCAACACAAGGGUUUAACCCACUGCACCACCAUCAUCCUCAUCUCCUCCCCUCGCCUCCCCUGCCUCUGGCUUCCUCUCUGCCCCUUCCUCCUCCCCUGUGGCCUCCCCGCCCUUCUUUCCUUCCUUCCUUCCUUCUUUCCCUGCCUCCUCCUCCUCCUUCCCUCUCCCACGGAGAUCCCAUGGCGCAGCGAGGGGAGUCCCAGGACGGGGCUGCCCUGCUGCCUCCUUUUUCUUCUUCUUCCUCCGAGGGCGACACUUGCGGCCUUUGCGCGCCCGACGAGCCCCGAGCGGCGGCAUGGCGCUGCUUCACCUGCCUGCGCUCUUUCUGCGAACCCCACGCGCGGCUUUCCCACGGAGGAGUGGACGGGGAGCCCGGCCCGGCUUUCCGCGGCCAUCGCUUGCGUCCAGUCGGAAUUACAGAGGAGGAGGAAGACUUGGAAGCUCUGCGAGACCUGGAGCGUUUGUGCGCGGAUCACGUCGGGAGGCCCGUGGAGCUGUUCUGCGUGGAGUGCGGCUGCUGCGUGUGCGCCCUCUGCCCGGCUGUAGGAGCCCACCAGGGGCACGGCGUCCAGCUCCUGGCCCAGGCCGCCCAGAGCAAGAGGGAAAUUAUGGCAUCGUGCUUGAAACAGUUAGUCCUGAAGCAGCAGCAGGAAAAGGACAACACAAAACAUAUAGAAGAGGCGACCAAUGCACUUAAGGCUCAAGCAUUGGCAAGUAGAACCUGGCUGAUGGGGAAGUUCACUGAGCUCCGCCUCCUGUUUGAUGAGGAAGAAGCCUUGACGAAAAGAUACAUUGAUGAGAAGGUCCAGCAGACUCUAAGAGCAUAUGAAGAACAGUCGGAGGCAUGCAAGGGACAAGUGGAGACCAUAAACAGUUUCGUAGACAGGAUCAGGCAAAUCCAACUUCAACCUGAUCCUCUCCUUUUGCUGAAGGAAUACAGUAUGAUAGAAAAGGAUAUGUUGAAGCAGAGGAUCCCCGCAGAGCAGUUGGCUCCAGUGCCUGUGUCAUUUGAACACAUUACAAACCACUUCAAGCGCUUUCUGGAGACCAUUCAAUCCAUCUUCCAGAAACCACUCAAAGCUCGGCUCAGAGAAGAUGUUUUUAGCAGCCUCGACAGCACCUUGAAGAAGGAGCCGGGUACCUUGCUGAAAGUGAACUCCUGCAUAGAUCGGUCCCUUUUCUUAAAACAUGCAAGAACCCCAACUCUGGAGAUGAAUAGUUUGCACCCCAGGCUGACCUUGUCCGAAGACCGUCUUUCUGUGAGCUACUGCUGGAGAAGGAAGUUUUAUCCCUCAAACCCACAGAGAUUUGACAAACUCUGGCAAGUCUUGAGCAGAGACUCCUUCUCUGCUGGGAGCCAUUACUGGGAAGUGGAUUUAUUUCAAGCCGAACAAGGUUGGUGGAUUGGGGCUGCUUAUCCUUCCAUCAAGAGAAAAGGGGACUCCGAACUUUGCCGUCUGGGCUGCAACCGCGCAUCCUGGUGCAUCAAAAGGUUUGAAUUAGAAUACUGGGCGUUCCACGAUGGAGAGAGAAUCCCAAUUCGGACACAGAACGAUCCCUACCGUGUCGGAGUUUUUCUGGAUUAUGAAGCUGGGGUCUUGUCUUUCUACAAUGUAACAGACGGGAUGGCCCACCUACACACAUUUCAUGCCAAAUUUACUGAGCCAAUUUACCCUGCGGUGAGGGUGUGGGAAGGGACAAUAACAAUAUAUAAGAUAACCUAAAAGCUGAUAGCACAUAUAAAAAAUUGGUACUGAACUCUUGGAUAGUUAAAAAGAAGCAGCUCUCUUUAUAACUGUUGCAAUAGGCACUUCUGAUUUUUUGAGCAGGGAGGGAAGAAGAGAUUAAUAUAAUGCAGAGUAUGGAGACAUUUCCCAAAGGGUAAUUCAUUAUAUAAGAAGACAGCUGCAUAUAUUGGAAUAUUUCCUGCAACUUAAUAACUUUAUUUUUGUACCCUGCCUCCAUCUCCCCGAAGGGACUCGGGGAGGCUUACAUAUGGCACAAUGUGGUUAAAAUAACCAUAAAAUAAACAUACAGUACAAUGCAAAAUAAAACCACUAGUAUAUAAAACAACAAUUUGAACUCAGAAUAACGCCCAAUAACUUAUAAUGUCAUCUGUCGUGAAAACAUGGCCAACUGUAAACAAGAAGAAAGGAAAAGGAUAGUGCAAGUUGCAGCUAAGGAAAAAGGGAAUGGGAUGAAAGUGCUGUGCUUACAUAUGCACAAAUUUGUUAUUGGGUGCAGAAAUUUAAUAUUUCUAGGAAUUUUUAAUUCAUUUUGAAGAGCUAAGUUCCUAGUCCACAUAGCUACCUUGUUUUCCCCCAAAUAAGCCCUAGUGUGAUUUUUUUCCCCAGGAUUUUUGGUGAAGCUUAUAAUAUAAGCCCUACUUCAAAAAUAAGCCCUAGUUGCAAUUCAUAAAAAAGAUCAGUUUGGAAAAAUAAGACCCCCUGAAAAAUAAACCUUAACACAUCUUUUGGAGCAAAAUUUAAUGUAAGACCUUGUCUUAUUUUUGAAGAAAUAGGGUAUAUUCAGGAACUGCAGGAACUGUAGUGGAUGCUCAGUACUAUUGCAAGGAGUGACCCCUUUGGUCAAUACAGUGGUUUUUCUCUUUCUCACAAAAUCAAAUGCAAGAUGAGAAAUUAUUCUUUUUUUAACAUGCUGGUUUAUAACAUGUUUUUUUAAACAUGCGGUUUAAACCGCAGUGGCGCAGUGGGUUAAACCGCUAAGCUGUAGAACUUGCUGACCAGAAGGGAUGGGCUCCCAUUGUUAGUCCCAGCUUCUGCCAACCUAGCAGUUUGACAACAUGCAAGUGUGAGUAGAUCAAUAGGUACUGCUCCAGGGGGAAGGGUUUUUUUGGUUUUUUUUCGUGUCAGGAGCAACCAGAGUUGCUUCUGGUAACAGUGCUCCAUGCAGUCAUGCCAGCCACAUGACCUUGGAGGCAUUUAUGCUCUUCGGCUUAGAAAUGGAGAUGAGCACCUACCCCCAGAGUUGGACUCAACUAGACUUGAUGUCAAGGGGAAACUUUUACCUUUUUUUUUUUUACUUUAUUGAGUUCUAGUUAUAGACAACCAUUUCUUCAUAAAGUUAGCUUCAAAUGGGUAUGUGUACAAUAGUACGUAUUAAAAGAAAACAGUGAGCCCAUUCAGUGGGACUUCAAGGAGCACGACACAAAUAGGAAUGUCUUCAUUAGAUAAGCUUUUGUGGCCUUCCAGUAAUGCUUUCCUGGUGUGGCUUUUUCAGUAGUGGCUCCCCGCCUAUGGAACGCCCUCCCCGUUGAAGUCAGGCAGGCUCCCUCCCUCCUAUCCUUCCGUAGGAAGGUUAAAACUUGGUUAUGGGGCCAGGCUUUUUAAUAAUAAUUGGCAGGGUAAUUAUUAUCAUGUAUGCUGGAACUCAAUCGACAGACCCAGUUUUUUGAACUGAACACACCUACCUGUAUUUUAUAAUGUGUUUUAUGAAUACUGAUGUAAGUUAAUAAUAAUUUUUAACUGAUUUAUAUUGCACUGUAUAAUUUUUAUAUAUGCGUUUUAUUGUAAGCCGCCCUGAGUCCCCUGCUGGGUGAGAAGGGCGGGAUAUAAAUAUUGUAAUAAAUAAAUAAAUCUUU